AGAAAUAUUGAUUUUGUGUAGAAUGUCGUCACUGAAUUCGACAUCAUUAUUAAAGCCGAUAUAGCGAAGUUCGGCUAUUAUCAAUUAUCCGAUAUGCCCAUGUGUUCGUUCUCUUGAAGCCAUAGAUGGUCGAUUGAGUGUCGGGUGACUGAGGGGAAUCAGUCAGGACAAUGACGUUCUCUACUGGACUGAGCUGGUUACACAGGUUCAGCCUUUUCACCUUUGCCCUGUGUAUUUUGGGUUGUCCCAUGGACCAUUUCUCCCAGGAAUCACCAAAAGAUGUAAGCCCCAUCCCCACUGUGUUCCAGACUAGCAGGCUUCCUCACGAUAACUCUACGAAUGGCAUUGACUUCCGGUACAUGGCAUCUGUUGGGAACGGCCAUUUAGCAACAGUUGUCUACAGCGACACUAUUUACGUGAAUGGACUGUACAAUGGUGUAUUGGGAUGGAGUCACCGUGCACGAAUCCCUUCCACGCAGGCAAUCCGUAUCCAGGUGGCAGGUAAACAGUGCAAUACGACCAGAGAAUACAGCUUGGACGUCGCCAGAGGUGUUUUUGAGGAAGUGUUAGCUGUAGACGGUAUGGGGGGUCGGGUAGUCCAGCGGACGUACGCUCAUCAGCGCUUUACACGCCUCCUGAUCACAGAGGUUAUGGUGGACAGACAAUCAACCACGGGUCAGCCCUUCGUCAUAGAGCUGCGUAACUACCCUGGCAAAGAGAGUACCGACAUUAAGUUCUCGGAACAAGUCGAUUUCGUCAACAACAUCUGGCCUUCCUACCAGCAGAAUGGGACGACGCUGGAGGCUGAGCUGAACAUGACCACCGCUAGCGGAAUCGGUUCGCAGUCACCAGAUGAUAACGAAGGCGUACUACAGACUGUUAAUAUGCUUUCUACAAAACUCCCCAACUCCCUCACCUUAGACUCACAUCAACAGAAGGGACGGUGGAUUUUCUUUACCUCAAUUGACCUGAAUUACACCUCGGCGAAAACAGAGUUUCAGAAUGGGUUGGAUAUUUUAUCAAAUGCGCCUGACUACUUGUACCAGAGUCAUAUAAAAGCUUGGGAAUCCAGGUGGAACGGAGGGAGAAUAGAGGUUUCCGGAAACCUUCAACUUCAAAAGCUAAUUUAUGGAUCGUUUUAUUAUCUGCUCAGUUCUCUUCCAUCCAUGGAAUCAAAUCUUCCCGCCAACCAAUUCUAUGGUCUCAGCCCUGGCGGUCUGUCGAACGGAGCUAAUGCCACAGACUAUCAGGGUCACGUGUUCUGGGACAUGGAGACAUGGAUGUAUCCCACAAUGCUUAUGUUCCACCCCAAACUGGCCAAGGAGAUGCUGUCGUACAGAAAUAACGGUAUGGAAUUUGCCUAUGAACGGGCUCGGGACGGUGGUUAUGCGGGACUGCGCUUUCCUUGGCAGAGUGCGCUUACUGGAGCAGAGUUGACAACAGUCUGUAUUCCGUGCCGUGACAAUGAACAGCAUAUCACGGGUGAUAUUGGAUUUGCAGCAAGACAGUAUCUGACAGCAACUCGGGACACAGACUGGCUAAAAUCAGAACAAGGAUAUCAACUUAUCAGAGAUAUCGCCUUUUUUUGGGCCACCAGGGCAACCUAUAGUGCGGACAAAGAUGCCUAUGACAUCGAUGGUGUAAUGCCACCAGAUGAGUAUGCACAGUCUGUGAACAAUUCAGUGUACACAAACGUCCUCGCCAAGAAGAGCAUCCUGUUUGCUAGAUAUGCCGCUUGUCUCAAUGACCUGGAUUACUCCAAAGAAAUUAACGAUUCCCUCAUUUCAAAAGCUGAAAACAUCUUCAUCCCAUUUAACCAGUCAUCCCGGUAUCACCCAGAGUUUGAAGGGUACGAGAGUUAUGACAAUGGUACACAUAAAGUGAAACAGGCAGACGUGAUCCUGCUGGGGUAUCCCCUUAUGUACGACAUGGAUAUAGAUGUCCGUCGCAACGAUCUGGAGAAGUAUGAGAAAGUGACAGAUGAGGGUGGCCCAGCCAUGACAUGGGGAAUGUUCGCUAUCGGCUGGCUAGAGCUGGGCGAUGAACAGAGAGCUGCUGGGCUGUUCAACAAGUCACACUCACCGUACACCAGGGAACCUUUCAAAAUCUGGACGGAAGAUCAUUAUGGUCAUGGAGCAGUGAACUUCAUCACAGGGAUGGGAGGAUUUUUGCAAGCAGUAUUUUUUGGUUAUGGUGGUGUGCGGUUACAAGUCGAGCAGCUCACUUUUGACCCAAGACUUCCUCCAGGAACAGAUGGCAUGAAGCUUAUAGAUGUGGAUUAUCUGGGAUCCAGAUUUGAUGUCAUUAUAAAGGCUGAAAGAGUUCAGAUUAAUGUGACAGAGGCCCCCCUGGGGUCAGAGUUGAUCCUGACUGUUAGCUCAGAUGGCUCACAGUUCCUCCUGACAAAAGGUAGACUGAUUGACAUGGCCAGAGAAGCAUUUUCCUUGAAAGGAUCAGAAGAGACAGACUGUCCUGUGCCUGAAGGAAGCUCAUGUUCCCCUGGUGUCCCAUGGUCAGAUUUGUCACCCACGCCCAGUGUGAGUCCCAGCUCUGGGGUUCUUACUAACCCAGUCAACUACAUAGUUCUCACCCACACACAAGGGAAAGGCUGUCAUACAAUGCUGGACUGUAAAUAUCAGGCCAGCAACUAUUCGAAUGACUACAACUACCUGGUUGGGGAGAAUGGUAUAGCAUAUGAAGGUGUGGGCAGCAGGUUUACCAGCGGAGUGAUGACCCAGUUGACUAACAGAGCUAUUACUAUAGCUGUCAUGGGAGAUUUCAAAUGUACUGCCCCUAACACUAAAGCAUUUGCAGCAGUUAAGCGCAUUGCCAAAUGCCUGUUAGAAAGUGGGAAAUUGUCUAGGAAUUACACUGUGCUGACACUAGAACAAGCUACUGACAGUGGAUCCUCAACUGAGAGGGAUGAUGCUAUGUUCUGUGUUAUCAAACAGUGGAAACACUGGCAGUCAUUUCAGUCGUCAGGAGAGCUGAGGUACCCACGCUGUGAUAGGCUGUGUGACAGAGAGACAGACUAUACUUUUCAAUCAGACGGGUUUACAGACCUGAGUGAGGAGCCUCAUAUAUUCCGCACAGAUAGACUCCCCAUGGUGGCGGGCAGCCAGUCAGUUGACACCAGAUACAUGCCCUCUGUUGGAAACGGGCAUAUAGCCACGGUGUUGUACAGCUCCUCUGUCUAUAUGAAUGGAUUGUUCAAUGGAUAUAAAGGUAACAGUCACAGAGCCCGAAUUCCAUCCCUGCAUAACGUAAGAGCCUCCCUGACUGGAACUUCCGAUCAGGAAUCAUGGUCGUAUUCUCUCGAUGUGAAGAAAGGGGUGUUUGAAGAAAGACAUGAAACUCCCAAUGCCACUGUUCUUGUUAGGACCUAUGCUCAUCAGCAUUACACCCAACUUCUGGUGACAGAGGUCAGAGUUCACAGGUCAGAAGGUCACAGGGGGAAUGUUACAAUACAGCUAGAAAACUUCCCUGGUAAGCCAAGUGCUGACAUAGACUUCAGUCAACAUCAACAAUACUAUGACAAAGAGAACAGGCUAAUAGAGGGAUGUUUCUGGCGAAGAGGUGUAACAAAGCAGUCUGAGUGGAACACAUCCUCAACACAGGAGGUGUACCAGUACUGGAAACGUCUGGACACAGAACUGGUACUGCUGGAGGCACAGGAGUCAGAGACGUGGAUUUACAUAUCUGCCUUAGACAGUGACAAGACAAGGGCAGCCACUGUGUUCCAGUCAGGCCUCUGGAGGAUUGGGGAUGGAAGUGAUCGACUGUAUCACAGCCAUGCAGAGGCUUGGCGUCAGAAGUGGGAUAAUGGUCAGAUAGAGCUUGAGGGAAGCACACACCUGUCCAAGUUAGCCCACAGUAGCCAGUAUUACCUUCUUAGCUCCCUCCCUUCCUUAACUCCAAACUUCCCCAAUGAACAGUUUUAUGGGUUGUCUUCAGAUACCUUGGCACGUGGUGGGAGUGGUCAUGUUCAGUGGUACAUGGAUGCUGUGUUAUUCCCACCUGUAUUACUGUUCCAUCCAGAGCUAGCGAAGGCCAUUUUGUCAUAUCGCGGGCUCACAAUGCCAGCAGCGUAUGAGCGAGGAGAAAGUGGUGGUCUGUGGUUUCCAUGGGAAAGUGGAGUCACAGGGAUGGACAUCACCCCAGACAUCUCAUCCUGUACCACAUGUGCUGACUCCGCCAAACAUGUCAGUGGAGACAUCGCCAUGGCAGCACAUCAGUACCUUAUCCUUACCCAGGAUAUAGACUGGUUGAAGGAGGAAGGAUAUAAAUUGAUGAGAGACAUUGCCAGGUUCUGGAAACAACAACUAUUGUGGGAUGAUCAGAAACAUGUGUAUGUCAUCAAUAAUGUAACCCCUCCAGAUGAAUUGGCAGGCAGUGUGAAUAACUCUGCUUAUACAAAUUACCUGGCCAGACUAAAUAUUCAUCAAAGUAGAUACGCUGCUUGUAUUAAAAGUAGAAACUAUAAGAAUGAAAUAACAGAUGAAUGGCUGAAGAUGGCUGAUGGCAUCUUUGUGCCGUUUGAUUCUGUGAAGAUGGGGAAUUUGGAGUAUGAAGGAUUUACAGCAGUUGAUGUUUUUUCCAGAGCAUGA